GGGAAAACACCAUAAACAUAAAGCAAAUAGCACAGCUAUAAUUUUUGCAAUCCUGCUCUGAAGUGCCCGAUUUUAGACACGGCAGUGUUAAUUGUUAUUUAAUAUUUAUUCAUCGCCCGAUUGUUAUCAAUUGUACCUGUCUCAGUUGCUUUUUACUCAAGUGACAGUCGUUAAAAAUAUUUAAAGUUUUAUAGCCACCGUGCAAUAAUAAAAUAAUAUGGAAUCCGUAACUAUACCCACGAGGACGUUUGUUAACGGUUCUUUCUUGCAAAAAUUCACCGACAAGCCCGUGACAUUGAUAGGAAACGUGUUGAAGGUGAGUCCCGAUGGUAAAUCCGUAACAAUGCAAACAACAGAUGACCAAGUGGUGACUGUUAAUUUUCAUGAACCGAUUGACGGCUCUCUAGAUGGAUGGGUAGAAGUGCAUGGCUUGGCCAAAGAUAAAGGAACUGUAGCCGGAGAAAGUUACUACAAUUUGCCAUCAUCAAUAACUGAUGAUUUUGAUAAAUCACAAUUUAAUGAAGCAAUUUUACUAUUAUGCAACUUACCAAACCCCUUGAAGUAAUGAAGAGAAAUGAAUCGUUGAUUCAAACUUUAAAAAUAAUUUUUUGUUUUGUAUUUAAUUACUGAUACUCCUAAUUAUCUUAAUAAAUAUUUUGUAAAAAAGAUCAUUACUUUUACAUUUUUUUUAAAAUAUGCUGUCACAAUAUUAAUAUUUUGCUUGAAAAAUUACAUGGUACAAAGCAGCACAAUUUUAGAUAAGGGAAAGAUCAAACUAUUCCAAGUAUUACUUUUUUUUCAUUUAUUUAAUAUAAGGAAACAUCUUAUAAUUUGUAAUAAAGGAUCCCAUAGCCCUGUAUUAUGAUAUACAAAUAAUAUAUCUAAAUAAACACUAGAUCUUUUAAAGGAUA